UAGUUUUGUUUCUAUCCUUUAAAGUAUUAUCCCAAGUCACUCAUAUCUUGUGGCUUGCCAAUGGCAAUUGGUCUUCGGCGCACCUUCUCUGUCGUAUUGUGGUAGUUACUUCCCUUUCAGAAUUCGUGCCUGUUCUCCUCUGUGUCUCUGAUUCAUAGCAGGCAGAGGCAGUUACAGUUCAAAACAAACUUUCCAUUGCCCUCCGCUGCGUUCCACGUUUUCCCGCCAUUUUUUAAUCCUGAAUUAGUUGACAGUUAUUAUUAAUUAUUAAUAAUAAUUAAUGGAGAGGUUUUACUCCUCUUCUUAUUCUUCACAACAAGGGGAAAGCGCUUUCUACACGAGUCCAAGCACGCCAAGCAGAAACUCCGAUGUGGAUUUCAACGAUGUGUUCGGAGGGCCGCCACGGCGGUCUUCCAUUAACAGCGAGAUUCGGCAUAGCCUCAGCUACAGCAGGUUGCAGGAUUUGAGUCAAGAAGGAGAAGGAGAAGAAGGGGAGGUUCCAAGUUCGUGUGCGUGGCGUCCUGAGCGGGAGAGACCGGUGUUUGGAGGGGAAGAUUUCGUGAAUCGGAGGCGUUAUUCAAACAAGAACAGUGACUUCUACGAUGAUAUAUUCAGAGGCGAUGAGUCUCCGAUCAGGAAUAGGGAUCAGAGUCAGAGCCCUUUCCCCAGCAGAGUUUUGAGCCCUUCCCUUGCUGACCCUCUCUCCUCUUCUCUACCUUCGAACUUCAGUCUUCCUGCCAAAUUGUCAAAAGGGAUGGACCUUCCAACAUUUGGUUACUCUACCAGACGCAGGAACCCACUUAACAACUUCAAUGAUGGUUUUGGUGCUUCGGAUGGAGUAGGCUCUUCAGAUUCUCAUCUUUCAAGAUUUUCAACCCCACCAACCAAGCACAAGGAGGAUCCAAAGAAUGCUUCAAAACCCGCCUAUCGGCAGAGUCUUCUAUCGAAAGAGUUUUCAGAUAUAGAAAGUAACAUGAAACAAGACCAAUCUAACAGUAAUGGCCAAUUUCAUUUCUCAAUAUACAAAUGGGCAAGUAAAGGGGUGCCAAUGGUUAUGCCUCUUAGGACAGAGAGAAAAGAUAAGCUUAAAUUUGAAAGAAGCUCAAGCGCCAAGGAAUGUGUAGCCAGUGAGAUUACCACACAAAAUGAUAGUCCUGCAUCAUACAAAGCCUCCUUGUUAUCGAGAAGCACAAGACAAGAUGGAUCAAAUUCUCGUACAACUAUUCAAAAUGGGGCAGAUUCUAUUCGAAUCACAGAACAAAGAGCUUCUUCCAAAGCUCAAUCAGAGACGAUGAGCAGCUCUCAAACUGUAACUAAAGAUGAUCCUGGUAGUCCUAUCUCAUCUUCUCAUUCUGCGAGUGAGAAAACCUUCUCUGGAAAAAAAGAAGCAGCAAGUGGAAAUCAGAAGCUUGAGACCAAAACAUUACGUUCACUGUUAAAUGAAAGUAAUGCAAUAGCGAAACAAGAUUAUAAUGAGAUCACUCGAAGGGAGAGACAAGAUGAAAGUAAGAUGAAAAUCACAAAAGAGUUGUCUAAUUUUGAUAACGUGAAUCCAAAUAAACGAGAAGAAACGACUGUUUCUGUGAAAGCUGUAGAGCAUAGCAAGGCUGCAUCCCCUGGUUCCUUGAACUUUGGUGAGAAUAUGGGGAAAGACCGCAUUAAAGGAAAGGUCAAAGAAUUUGUCCGAAUAUUCAAUCAAGAAGCUGCAACAAAACCCAGAGUUGAACCCAAAUCUGAGGGUUCUUUAUACAAGCAAAGAGAUGCUUUGAGGACAAAGAACGGAGUAAGUGCGGACGAGUAUUCCGAACAGUCCAAGAAAGAAAGUUCCAGGGUAGAGUCCUCCAAUGGGUCUUCUAAUAAUUUGUCUCAGCAGGAUGAUAUCUCAGCAUCAGCAACGCCAGAUAUUUCAUUUACUGUUAUUGGAGAUAAGGAUGGAUCCUUCCAUGGGAAUUUCACGAUACAAGUACUAGCAGAAGAUGAGAAUGAUGAUUUAAAAAGCCAAGAUAACAAAGCAAUCCAAGUCAUUGACAAGAAGAUACAACAAUGGUCUAAAGGGAAGGAAGCAAACAUACGCUCGCUACUAUCGACGUUACAAUUAGUGCUUUGGCCGGAGUGUGGCUGGAAGCCUGUGCCUCUUGUCGAUAUAAUUGAAGGAAAUGCGGUGAGAAGAGCUUAUCAAAGAGCUUUACUUUGUCUACAUCCAGAUAAAUUGCAGCAAAAGGGUGCUGCUUCACAUCAAAAAUACAUUGCAGAAAAAGUUUUUGACAUCUUACAGGAAGCAUGGACGCAGUUCAAUAUGCUCGGUGCACUCUAACUAGUAAUUACUCAGACCCGAGGAAAGGUUCUUUUACAGUCUCAAUGGGAUAUAUAUAUUGUGCUUAUUAGGAGUGCAAGUGAUUACUUCAUAGCUGAAGCUGUUUUCAUUGUAAGGUUAUAAACUUGUAAUUGAUAAUAAAUGAUCGAUUUCACGAAAAUAUAUUUUCAAGUUUGUUAUACAAAUGCAAGUGUUCACUUGAGAGCCUGUAAGCUUUUUCUGUCUUCC